AUGGAGCAUCAACUCGACACGAGUGUGCUGAGUCAAAUUUUCGAAACCGACUUCCGGAAGACAAAAGUCGUGAUGGCUACACCAGAGCGGGGGUCAAACCCAAUUCAGAAGACUGAAACGAGUUUAAAGAUAUUAUCGAAGUUCGACCUCUACGACACAGAAAAUAAUAAAGAACUUGACGUGUAUCAACUCAGAAAAUACAUUGAAGGAGAGUGGAAGAUCUGUUUAAGUGAAGAAUCAAUUAAGUACCAUUGUGGACAAAACUUCUUGGAGAAAGCGUACAAAGUUCAAAGAAAUGAAUUUAUCGCUUUUCAUAAGUACAUCACCGCAAAUUUGGAAGAAAUUAAAAAAGAAAACACGCAAUCGGACUUGGAAGUCUUUGAAAGUCAAUUUACAGAGGAUUCUCCAGUUGAUUCGCAGUACAAGUUAUUAGACAAGAACUGUUUUGUCAUCGAGAAGUUAGAUAAAUUCCAUUCGAUCAUGUACCCCGACUUAAUCCCACCGGAGAAAGGAGAUCCGAUUCACUGUGAUAUGUAUAAUGUGAUCUUUGGAAAGACUAUUUCGAUAUAUAAGAAACACAUUCCAUUCAGAUCAGUCUUCACAACAAUUCCAGAUAACUUCGUCCCAAAGAACGAUAAUUUGAAAAAACUGUUUUCGAUCGACUCACUGUUUCAGUCAAUCACUAACAAAGUCGGACAACGAAGGAAAAAGGCAAAGAACUUCUUUGAGUUCUUCGACAAGAAAAUAUCGCACACCGACUUUUUGUACUCCACAAAUCUGUCGAAUGCGAGAGACGAGGACAUCGAAGUACUAAAGAAGUAUAAGAAGCCGUCUGUCAUUGAAAUGGUUAAUAUUAAACUGCCACUUAAUAUAGAAAAACUGCACUGCAGACUCUCAUUUUAUGAUACCAAUUACAUUAAACUCAGUGCAGAUUACUGCUUUAAUGUCGACCCAAGUGAUCUUCAAGCAUCAACUCUAAACGUCCCGUUAUCGUCGUUUGUGAUGCGACAGGAGAUCAUCAACAAAUCUGUCGCAUUCAUUGUCGUCUUCCAAGUCUUUAAGGCGAUGGAUGCAGAUAUCUCUUUUGCGCGGGAGGUGUACGCCAAUGACAACAAACGCGAUGCAAAGAACGUGAAGAAGUACAGUGAUCGAGUGAAGGAGUCUGCCAAAUUCUUCGAACAAAAGAAGUACCAACUGUUGAUGUUCUCUUCCAAGCAAAUUCUCUUCACAGGGAAUUACGAACUGUUUAAGUUGUAUAAACCCCCAAAUGAGGUGAAGGACAUCGUCUGGAUGAUCAAAGAGUGUGACAAGUGGAAAUUGUGUGGAGAGUGGACAUUCAAAUUUAAAGCGUCGAAGAAAGAGUUGGUCCACGUUGAUGGGGAGAGUGAAUUUAAUAACCAAGAACACGAAGAAAAGCCCAUUUUCAUCAAAUCGUUGACAAAUCUGUCAUUACAAGACAGCGAAGACAUCUUCACGGACUAUCGAAACUUCUUGUUUUGCUACCCAACAGAACUUUGUCUUGGAAAGGAGAGGAAGAGAGGCGGGUGUUUGAUCACGGUGUAUUGUCGUGACACCGACGCGAAAUUUGCAGGGGAAAUCACAGGGAAUUUGCCAGUGAUUUUUCCGAACAAUUCGAGUUGCCAUGUUGAUAUGCAGACGUCUUUAACAACAACAGUGGCGACAGAAAAGGUCGGCAAAUUCACUGAUGAGAUCAAACUUGAACUUCCAUUUCCUUUAACACCAACCCAUCACUUAUUGUUCUGUGUAAGAGAUAUUGGGACCGACGACGGAGUCGAGGGAAGACCUCUCUUUGCCAAACUUCCUCUCUAUGAGAAUGGAAGAGUCGUGGAAAACAAGGAAUACACUUUGAGAAUUAUGAAAGAGAUGAAUGACCAUUACUUGAAGACUAAUGAAUACUAUGACCAAUCUAAAAUGUAUCUAAAAGUUACUAUUAAUGUGGUCUCGACGGUAUAUCCCACAGAAAGAGUCUUGACGGACUUUUUGUACUUCAAUGCGCCGGUAGAUACGGUACUGUACCCUGACUUGUAUACUGAAAUGAUACACUUUCUACCUUCUGUGUUACAUCGAUGUCUCAGAAUCUUACAAGACAGGAAUAGAGAAGAGAUCUUCUCAAUGUUUAAGCUAUUCAAAGUGUUUGAUGUCAACAAGAACGUGGAGGAAGAGAAGAAGGAGAGCUUCUCGGUGUAUAAAAACAAGAAUGUAGUCUAUGCCAUCAAUCACUUUGUCCGAGUUAAAACGGACGAGAACGUCUAUAACUGUAUGUUCAUAGUGGCGUCGUUGCCGAUCAUCUUUGAUAGAAGUGAAACGAACGCAACGGAACGGUUGAAGUACAUUUGGAUCAUCUUUGCGCUGUUAAUCAAAUCGCUCAUCGCGUUUUAUAACGAUCACAACGCGUUCAAUUUGCCAAACUUCCACACCUUCUGCUGUGGAGAGGACGCUAAAAUUAUUAGUGCAAAUCUCGUCAAGAAUAUCGAUAUGUGCUCGGACUUCAUCGUCUAUUGCUCUGCACUCAGUUUUGUCGACCCUUUAGUCGUCAGAGAAGCAAAUUUGUUCUACGCGGAGUUCAUUAGAGACUUUGCGAUGUUAUGGAGACACGACGACACGACGAAAUUGGUCAUCUCACACUUGGACAACAUCUGUAAGAUGUCCAGAGACGUGAUAGGAAGGUCUUCGAGUUCUUUUUCGCGACUGUUACGACUCGAAUUCAUAUCAGUUCUUGCGGAGGGCGACCACAUCUUUCAAUUGAAUGGGCCACAGAAUUUGGAAGUGAAAGGGAUUAACAAACUGAAUGAUACGAUAGCGCAGCGCCAUACGUUGAUGUUCAUCAUAUUAAGGCAAUUCUUUGUGUUAAUUUUAGACCAAGACAAACUUAUCUCGAAAAUGGCGUUACACGAGCUGGUCUUGUUAAUGAACAAAUUUGACUUAGAUAAGAGCCUUUCGUCACAACACGACCGAGAACGAUUCUUCGGGAUGAUGUUCCCGUUUGUCCUCUUCUUUCUUGACGACUCCGAGAAGAUCAAUGAAUGGAGGAAAAAGGAUUGUACCUCUGAUUUGAAUGAUAUCGAGUGCCUCUAUAUGAUCUUCUUCUUCAUUUUAAAGAACUUGGAAGAUAACUUGUUGGACCAAUGGCUGGUCGCUGAGUACUUACCUUCAAUGUUAAACACUCUGUUAGUCCAUAUUAGAAAGGCGUUACUCUUGUUCAGUGUCUUCCCUAUGCAAACACUACCAGACGCUCCAAAGCUGUAUUUAAAAGAGCUGCAGACACUGUUGAAUAGCAUAGAAACACAAAGCGCGCCAAACAUCGCGAGAAGCCCAAGUCCGGGACUCUCCAAAAUUGGAUCAUCACUUAAAAUGCACGUCAAAAAUAACUCACAGAACAAAAGACUCUCAUCGAAGUAUAAAAAGGACGACGAUGUCAAAGAACCAAGUACCCCUCGAGUCGGAUUGGACCGUCUUAAAUUGAAGAAAUAUGACGACGACGAGGAAGGAAGACGGUCUGUUUCCCCACGAGGAAGUGGGUCUGGUGCAGCGAUGGAAUACGCAAAGAUGUCGGCGACCCCGGUCUUUUCAAAUUUGAGUUGUUCAGCUGGUGCGCGGACUAUAACCGUUUCAAGUUGUGAGACAGCGGAUCCGAAUGUCCUUAAUAUGAUCACCGACGUUUCUUUGAUAGCAAUGGACUACUUAGAAAUCAUGAUUAGUGUGUUAAUAAGAGAUGAUAAGACACAAGCGAUGGACCGAAUACAAGAGAUCGUGUCGGAUGUGUUAUUUAAGAUCAAGACGACACCAUCAUAUUUGGUGUCCCUCUACAAAUUCAUAUUCAUUGUGUUAACUACAUAUCGAGAGUUCUUAUUUUUGAAGCCAAAUCAAAUGUGCAUUAAUUUACUUAAGAAUCUGCUCAGUCUCUCUAACUCACAGGAAGUCAUGGAAAGAGACUUCGCUAAUAAUUUGCUCUUCACAUUCGCUAAGACUAAUUUCAUCGUUACGGGAAACACCGUCUCGACUAUCGUCAGCGCUAUUUCAGCACUCUCGGAACUCAAUUUGGCGAACGUCCAAAAUGUCAAAACAUCGGUGAAAGGACUUCUGGAGCUCUCCAGUCAAUAUCACUACACCUUCGACUUGAAACUGCAACGGUGCGUCGAGUUGUUAUUAGAUGAAGGGAGUCGCAAGAUCGAAGCACUUCAGAAAGUGCAACAGAUAUAUCGAGCGAUCGAUGGUGGCAAUUUGGAUGUCUUUAUAACCUUUGUCAAAGACUGUAUGCUCGUCUUUGAAGAUAUCAUUGAAUUUGCAACGACAGCGAAUACGACUGUUAUUAAUGGCUACGACGUCUUUAAAAGUGAAGUGGGUGGACUUCUGAAGACGAAUGAAAUCUUUAAGAUGGUAGGGAAGUGGAUUAUAUUUAUAGAACACAUUCAACUGUGUCCCAAAGACUCAUUCUACCUCUUUUUAGAGGAAAAGAAGAAAGAACUUCGGAACUCGUACACCCACUUGGAGGAGACUAUUGUCGAACUGGAGAAGCUCUGUGUGACGGAGAAGGAACAAAUGAAGAGGUUUGAGAAGCAGUGCGACGAGAAUAAGACGGUGGGGAAUAGACUCUUUACUUGGGUCAAAACUAACUUGCAAGUCCAAGCUAUUGAUUAUGACACGUGCGAGGACAGUCAGUUGAUUAACAUUAUUGAAGACCUCGAGAAAGAGCAGAACAAACGAGUGAAUGGGAUAAAAAGUCACAUAGAAAAGUACUGUCAGUUUGACGAAGUGUUAAAAGAAAUGGGGCUGCUGGUCAAUCCACUGUUUCCAGUGACAUCCCAGGAGAUGGGCGAAUGUGUCAAAAAGGUGCUUCAAUUGCACCAAAACAGAAUUAAACUGGUCCACCAAUUAAUUCAUGUGAGAACGUCGUAUGACACGGAGUACUUGAUCUACACAGAGAAACUGAAACACUUUGAGAAGACUCUUGAGACGAUGAACAGCGACAUUGCAGUGGAGAUCUCAUCGAAACCGAUCACCGGCCAUUUCUUGGAAGAUUCGAUGUAUCGCUAUAAAAUGCUAGACGACUUGUUCUCGACGUGUUCGAAGAAGUUGAAUGCAAAGAAGGUGAAAAUGGGUGGGAUGAAGCCGACGUGGGAAAUCACAUACAACGGAUGGGAAGACGUGAUAAGUUUGGUCUUAUCGACACUUGAACUGACGACCAAUUUACUUGAAAAAGUCAAGCAGAAUGAUUACGAAGUGAUAGCGAUGAAGGAGUGGUAUUUGAAAGAGACUAAGUUUAAUAAAACGAUCAUUGGAGUCUUCAUGUGGGAUGGGAUGUACUCUGCACUCAAUAAAGUUGCUAUGAAAGAAUCAAAUGACUUCUUGGAGAUAUUGGCAGGGGUCUACGAGUACUUGUCGACACAUUUGAAAGACGUUGAGACGAGGUAUAACGAGUGCGUCGACAUCUUACAACACUUGCGGAAGAAGAAAUUGCCGUUAGGGUUUAAGUAUUUACAGAAGAAAAUCAACGUGAAGGACUUUGAGAUGUUGGCGAUGUCGACGGAGUUGUAUGUCGACCAAUUUAAUGAAGAGAAAACCCUCGAAAAGAGCCGGAAAGAGUACGCAGACCUCUUUGUGCAUUUUUUCAAGUUCACCGACAAAUUGUGCGACGACGCCGAUAAAAUGCAGGGACUUCAGAAUACUAAGGCGGUCACUGGCAACACUUCUAUAACAAACCUAAGCACUUACUUCAAGCAAAAAGAUCACACCAUUGAUCCAAAAGUGCUUGAAGAGAUCUCCAAACAACGCGAGAAGUUGUUAUCUUUUGAAGAGCAAAAGAUCGACAAACUGAAUAGGUACUGCGACUUAACACAAAUCACACAAACAGUCUUAACACGGUGCUCUUUAUUAGGUCUUCCUGAUAAAGAAAAGGAGCCUCUCAAGAUUAGUUAUAAUGCAAAGAUCCCACGAAGCGUCUCCCUUCCAAAGUCUAAUAAUAAGUUAGUCGAGUUAAAAGACGUCUUAAGCUUCUUUAUGGACUCUAAAGACUGUAUUAAGCUCGAUUGCUUCCACGACUUGUCGUACGGACAACGAGACAAUUUCAAUAAAGACUUGAAGAACGUGGAAGACGACAUUCUCAAUGUUUUGGACAGCUUGGAAGACAUUAACACACAGAAAAGAGAGUCGAGCGACCCCCAAUUGGUCCUCCAACGAUUUGAAGGCUUUGCGAUGAAUUACGUAGCAGCCCCACAACUCCAUCUGACAUGGAUGACACGACUUGCACAACAACAUCGGGACCGCGGGCAAUAUGUCGAGGCGGGGAUGUGUGAGAUUCACAUGGUUUUGUUCAUUCAUCGCCUGUUAGAGAACAACACGCGAACGGUCGACUGUUCGGAGUUUGUCGCCACGUUUGGGAAUUUUGUCGAGAACACUUCGACUGCGCCAAGUUCGCAAUUCACAGCGCAUUUCACAGAGGAGAUGAUGAUCAAGCACAUUUCAAAUGCGGCGGACGAUUUUGAGAAAGGGAAUAUAGCUUGGUAUGGCUUAGUGACUGCAAACGUCUUAAUACCUUAUUAUAUCGAGAAGAGGACUAUUAAAGAACUUGGGAAAACACAUGACUAUGUGAAUCGAAUGUACUCGACACUAGUCUCGGGGAACAGUGACCACUUCGGGAGAGAUAACUUGGCGUUCUACUACGUCCAAUUUGUCGGGAAAGUCUUUGGAGAGAAGUUGGACGGGAAGAAGUACAUCUACGUGUCGACGCGGAAUAAGAUGCCGAUGCUCAUCAAAGAGAUCAAAGACGUCGUCCCAAAGAGUUUUAAAGGGGAGCGGCACAUCAUCUCGUCACUCGACAAAAUGAACGAACAACUCGCGAUAUCUGGAGAUGCUGAAAAUCAGUGUCAUAUUGUGUUCUCACAGAUCACCCCACUCUAUGAGAAAGGAAAAUUUGUGCAAUACGCGUCAAAAUUUAAUUUUGAUUGUUUGAUGUGUGAUGAAGGGAAGGAUCCCACGGUCAUCACAAAUUGGUUCAAAAAUCGAAUUGUCUUGGAAACCAAUUUGGUCUUACCCGGCGUCUUAAGAAGACAAGAAGUGACGCAAAAGGAACAGUUUUAUCGCAUGAGUGCGAUAGAAAUUGCGAUUGACGAAAUCGAGAGGAAGACGGAGGACUUGAAAUUCUACUUGGACGAGAGCUUCAAUUUCUUGAAGGAAACAGACGACGAAAGCGCGAAGUUGAUUGUGAAGAAAACAAGUGAAAUACUGUGUGGGUCGAAUGAUAUUGGAAAUGAGCGACUUGCGCCUAAACUCACUGUUUUCGAGAAGAAGAAGUUGGUCGAAUUCUUACAUAUCUUCUUCUACGAACUUCAAGACGAGAACAUCAACUCAACAGUGUUAACUAAUCUCUUCAAUGCGUCAAAAGAAGCUUUGGCAGUAGUUAGAGAAGCUAUAGCGGUUGUGAAUGAGACGUAUAGAAAUGUAAUAGUUAAUGAAACUACUCGCUCUAAUAUAGAAAACAUUGAAAGGCAAGCAGAUAGAGUCGACUAUACUUUGGAUGAGAUUGAAAAUACAAUGAAGAGCCAAUUGGGCGAAGAUGAUAACUUGUAA